AUGACUGCCAAGCAUCGGAGAGGAAAGAACAACCACAAACAUGAAGAUAACUUUUUCAAAAACGAUAUCACGGAGACAGAAGUGCGCUCAGGAGCGACAAACUACGCUCUCCUUUUGGUUUUGUUUCUCAUGAUUGUAAUUGGCGGUGCAAUUGGCGCAUGGUUCUGUUUCCAGCAGCACCAAACUUUAACCUACUUAACAGACAAUCUCAUGGGUAUGCAGAUGAAAAUAGUGAAGCUGCAGGCCUCCCAUGAAGAUUUGCGACAGUCAAGCAGCAAGGUAAGGCAUUUAAACUCAACUCACACUGCCUUUUUUCUCAGCCAAGGCGUGAUCAGACAUAUGAGUUUGCAGCAGGAACCGCAAGAGACGCCCCCUUUACGUGGCCUGUAACCUUUUACUCAAGAUCCCUUUAACUUCCCCCCCUAGGCUAUAACACUUUGAGGAAAAAAGUGAAGGCCUCACCUCAUGCACACGUCCACGUUGCCACCUACAAGUAAGGAAAGUUAGGAGCUGCAGGCCUCUAUCAGAUUUCAAAAUGCCAAGAGCCUCACUGGAGUGAGCACAAAACGCUGCUAUUUCUAACAUCCACACAGCUGCUGGAGCUUGUAAUGAGGAUUAUUCUUAAACUUGCUCCAACAGAGGCGCUUAAUUUAUCAUCACACCAAAAUAAUUCAGCAUAAAGAGCGAUAAAAGUUCUCUUGGAAAUAGUUUGUGUUAUAAUUUCAGUGGAAAACACGCUGCCAGGGCUGUGUGGAGGAUGCUGCCAAAAUAAUAAUACACAAGACAGAAGUGUGCCAAGGCUAAAUUUAGUCUGAGAUUUUGAUACCUAACACUAGUUCAGAGGUUGUUUUCAGGCUACGGAAAGUUGAGAAAACAGAUAUACUUGUUCCAUGUGUAUUUUCUGCAAUGACACAAAACUUUAAAGGUAUUACUCUUGACUGUUCGGAAACUGUUAAAAGUUUCCUGGCUGAAGUGAAGCUAUUGUGUCAGUGCAAAUUGAGGUUCACAGCUGCCUCUAGCAACAUUUUCUCUACCUGUGAAGCCCACAUAUUUCAGCUAUCUCUAAAUUGCUCCAGGCCGCCCCUAGGUAGACAAACUGGAUUUUUAAACUACAAGUCCAAAACGAAAACUAAAAAAUCCUCUCAUCUCACUUCCUCUUUUAAUACAACUCAUUCACCUACAAUUCUUUUGCAUGUGAGCGGCCCUGCUAGCUCAGUCUUGUUAGAGAAAUAUUUCCUGUUCGAGCUGUACUCUCGUAAACCCGCCUCUCCAGUUGCCAAAGUUUUACUAGUUGGUUAACUACCCCUGAGUUUGGCUCCUGAUAGACACACACAAAAUAAUAGUCAAAUGCUUACUUAAGCAAAAUCUGUUUGUUUUAGUGUAACGUUUGGUUGGGAAGACAUAUUUGCAUAAGAUAAACUACACUCGCAUCAUAAGAGGUGUUAAGUAGUUAAAGGAUCCAGGACCACAAUGGGAGAGAUUGACAAAUAUUUGUGUAGAUACUACAAUAAUGAUUGUCAUUAAAUCACAUCAUUAGAGGAAGCUUUACUCGACUAAUAUUUAUUGUUUGGCAUCAUGGAGAAGAAAUGUAACCAGAGACGAUCAGAUUUGGUCAUUUAAGCGUCAGAAAUGUAGAAAAAAUAAAAGUAUAAAAUGAUUUAAGAGACUUUAAACUCCAGCGCAAUGAGAGAAGUGCUUCUAGUGACCCAUUUGAUUCUCAUCCCGACUGUUUCUCUUGUUUCUGCAGCCCUUCUCAGAGAGUCUGGAGACCCGCCUGAUCGCCCUCGAGGAGUCUUAUGCACUGGCCCAGAAACAGGUGGGCAUGGCCUUGGCGACCGCCGAACAGCUCAGGACGUCCGACCUCCCCGCUCAGGUACUGUCACUCCACACCGAGAUGAAAACCCGCCUGGCUGAGAUGCAGCAAGCCACCGUGUCUCUGGAGCAGCUGAGCCAGCUUCAGAGCAUGCUGAAGGGGAAGAGCGACGAGUUCGACGGCGUGAAGGUCCAGGUGGACGGCCUGGCGAAGCUGAACACCGAUCUGUCCGAGAAGGUUGAGGUCCUGAUGGGAAGCCUGGGGGAGGCCGAAUCAAAGCUGGAGGAGAGAGCGGAACAGGUGGGAACACUCAGCGCCACCCUGGAUGAACAGUCGGCAGAGGUGCUCAGACUGAAGACGCAGCUCGCAACCUAUGAGGCUCAGCUAGAGGCCAGCACACAGGAGAUGGCCACAGUCAGGUAGGUGGUGGAAAAAGCGGCAGCUUUGUCUGUGAAGGAAAAUAGCUCCCCUCCUUUGACCCAUAACUUUAUGUUGACUUAGUCAAAGCCUCUUGGCUGCCACUGUCUCUGUGUUACUCUGCAUGGCCGUUGGUAGGCCUCAUAUUCGUGUUGGAAGAUCACCCUGAUCUGUGCAAACACUUCUUUUGUUUUGGUGAUAUUUGUAGUUACCUUUUGUAUUUGAGUUGGCAUCCUGUUCAGGCUUAUGUCAGCUUUCAAAUGUGGUUCACAGGCUGAUAUUGCAUGCAAGGCUUAAGAAAGCAAAUUAAUGAAAGGCACGGAGUGUAGGAGCAGAGUAAGUAUGUAUAAACUAUUUUAGAAUCAGCUUUUUCUGUCAACAGAAGGAGUUGGUCCCAAUCUUUGCCUCCUUUUUGCUUGAAUAGACAAACUCUUAAGGGCAAAAUGGGAUUUUUUAAAAUGUUGUCCAAAAAGUAGAGAGUGGUUGUUGCUGUGCCAAAGAAUUGGUAGAAGUAAAUGUUUCUGAACAUUAAAAUUUGACAAGUGCAGGUUCAUACUUAUUAUAAAUCACAGGGGCGUCUUGUCCUUGUGAGCUUCCAUCACUUCUGGUUAAUCACCUGUAGGAGGGAUGAGCAAAGGUGCAUUGGUGUCAGCAGCUUCAUGCUGCUUUGAAAUCAAUAGCAUUUUGAAUCACACACACUUCUUUUUGAAAUAAAUAAACAUCAUUUUGAAGAAUAAAGAAACUCACUUCGAUCGUCUUGUCUUUCAGAGAGCUGCUCGAGAGCGAAAAGUCCCAGCAGCUGCAGCAGGCCAGCGUGGAGGAGCAGCUCAAUACGGUACGUCAGAGUCUGCAGGAUCAGAACUUAGCUGCCCACAGUCUGCACUCUGGACUCAGGGCUCAGCUGGAGAUCAUACAGAAGCAGGUUACCCAGGUAUCGGACACACGAGCCAGACAGCACUGGACUGACUUACGAUGUUAUCCCUCUUUAUUUGAUAAUCAAGUUGAAUUUAAAUGAGGCGAGAAAUAACAAGACUAAAUCAGAUAUUAGGUUGCAGCAUGAAGCAGUUUGAGAAGCAGUUGUGUGUUAUUUGUAUGUGAUCUUGCAUUGGUGCUCAUACAAAAUCCAUCUGCACACAUAGUCUGGUUACUAUUUCUGUUCCCUGCUUGCCCACAGGGACCUAUAAUACAAUUUUAUCUCAUUAAAUUAAAGGAGCUAAUUGCCUGGCAUGGAUUCUCUGGUGGAUUUGCAUCCUCUCUCUUACAUUCAUCCAGCAAAGAUGCCUGUCGUCACCUUUGUCAGAUAAGAAAUCUGUAAAAUGAUUAGUCCACCAUGAACUUAUCUUUAUUGUUUUAUUGCUUGCCUUGUCUUAGAUGGUGGAAGAAACUCCUGCAGAGCCCGAGGAUAAAACAGAGGAAGAAACCGCUCCAGUAGCUGAUGAAGUAACCGAAGAAGCAGUAAAAGAAGAGGCACUUCCAGCUGAUCAAAACACUCCUUCAGAGGAGGUUGAGGCAGAAGAGGUAGCAGAGGCAGAUGAAGGGGCAGAGGCAGCUGCACAGGAUGAAGCUCCUGUCGAGCAGGAGGACUCUGUGACAGAUGAGACAGCUCCUUCUGAGGAGGUGGAGGCGGCGGCGGAGGAUCAGACCGGCUCUGUAUCAGAAAAGGAGGAAGAGGAUACGAUACAGGCAGAAGAAGAAGAGGUUCAGGAAGAGGUAACAGCAGAAGAGGAGAACGUUAGUGAAGGGGAGGAAGUGUUUGAAGAGGAAGAGGAGCAGGAUGUAGCAGCUGAGGAUGAAGAAGAGGAUGCAGUAGAAGAAAAUAAUGAUCUACCACAGGAUAACUGUAAGUAGGAAUAUAUUAAAAAUCACUUACAUUUUCUGAAUACAAUUGCUUCACUAACAUAACGCACUCAGCCUAAUAUAUCUUCUAUUGUUUUACAGAGCCCAUGGAUUCUAUUCUGCACAUCUCCAGCAAGCUAAAUGGGAACUUUCUCAGUCUACGGAUACACUCUACACUUUGACAAAUGCUUAAGGGAGGCGCUAUCGAUCGCUGAUGUUGUUUAGGCGCAGUAUUCACUAUGUGGUUGCUCUUUUUGAAAGGCAGAAGAAAAUUGGUUACUAAGCUGAAGUCUUUACCUCAAAAUAGAAAGAUGGCUAUUGUGUAUGAAAAUGAGUACUCCAGGAUUUCAGGACUCCCAAUAACAACCCCAGAAGCCUUAAUCCAGAAAACGUCUUUCUGCAGAGCCUUUUUUUCACUCUUCAUAUGUCUGUACGAAACUGGAAAAAACAAGAGCCAAGGACAUCACAAGAAGCCCACGCCUACACUGUUUUUUCAAUGCACUUGAAGCCAUAAGUAAUGCCUGUUUCUUGGUGAUAUUAAAAUAUGUUUCUUUGUACCACUGCCUGAAAUGCAUUCUUAGAGGGAAAAAAAACGGUUGCUGUAACUUAACGUACCCCAGUUGUUUACACUGGCUGUACUGCCAACUGAAGAGCUCGCAAAAAGAAACAAAAGCAUCUAUCGUGAGAUAAGCAAGAAAGAUUCCUGAAUGUAUAAGACAAACUGUAGUUGAUAGUACUUUUUUAUUUACUUUUCUAAGUACUUACUGUGGUUCAGUGCUUAAAAAAAAUGAAUGUUUGGUUGAUUAAGUUUGGCUCGUUGUGUUUUUUGCACUCACUACAGAUGUGAUUUGUUGUAGAUCUCUACCAAGGAUAUAUUUCUAGGCAUCAUUCUGUUAAUUAUCAAACCUCGGCGACAAUAACAGCUGUUCUAUGCAUUACUUUGAAUACCUAUAAUAAUUAUGGAAAAGAAGCUUCAACAAGAGCUUUUUGAAACAUCUCAGGGAUUAAUAAUUCUUCAGAUGAACAGAAAAGUUCAAGCUAAACAGAUGGCCUAUGAAAGUCAUUUGCAUUCAAAACAACUAUUGAACCACCGUUAUAGCGCAACUAGGUGUGGCAAGCUAAAACAUACAGUCUAAAGAUAAGGUUAGUUUAAACAUAUCUUCGUUUAACGGUCAUGAAUAACGGAUAAAUUAAAAAUCAACCUCUAGAAUUUUUCUAUUUGAGAAUCUGGUGCAACAGCUUAAAUAAAGGAUUAAAUGCAAACAUAUCAACUAUAUAGAUUAGAUUAGAUAGGACUAUUAUUGAUCCUUUUGGGAAAGUUCCCUCAAGGUAAUUAGAUAUAUAUAUAUAAGGACUAUUUAAUGCUGCAGAGUCACGUCCCUGCUGCUGUGUUUUCCAGUGGGACGCUGGCCCCUAACAUGGUGGAAACCAUGCAAGGACUGUGAAAUGUGAAGGUGGAGCAAGGAAUUCUUGGCUCUUAUCUCUAUGGUCACCAGAUCUUGACCCUGCAGGGCAUGUCUUGGAGCAUAUGAGAUAAAAUAGCAAAAAGAUACAUAUCACAAGACUGCUUCACUGCGAGACAACAGAAACAUUUUCAACUCUUAAAACAAUCCUCUGCUUUACAGACUGUAAAGAGUUCAGAUUAGAGCAGAAAAUUGGCAUCUCUAAAAUGUUUGUUCAUGCUUGUAUGCUUUUCAUUUUUGCUUUUGAUUUUUUUUUAAAUAAACUGGUUUUUGACUUGAGCCUCUAUGAUUCUCUGUUUCUGUGGCGAACAUGAUUUACAACUAUUGCAGCAGCGAAAGAAGAAGCUGCCUCAUUUCCUCUGUAGCCAAUUUUAGCAUAAGAAGCUCUGUCAUACAGCAAAUGUACAUUGUGUAUGAAUACUUUGAAGCUGAGUAAAAAAACGUGACUCUAGCAUCUACUUUUCAAAUUGUGUAAGGUGCAUUUUACAAAGUGGCAGUUUUCAGCAAAAGAAAUCAGAGAAAUUUACUAAAACUUUUGCACCAGAGCUGUCCCAAGCCUCAAUGGGGCCCGAAGCAGAAUUUAAUUUUGGAGCCCUUUAUUUUUGCCAAUAAUAUUGAUUGUUGAUCAUUCACACACCUACUACAGUAUAAAUUUAAUGCGCCUGACAUGUCUUUACACAUUUAAGGGGGUGGCCUACGUAAUAACAUAAAUAAUACCAAUGCAACCAUACAAAUAAUACCAAUGAAUGAUGUUCAGGGUGCCACAUAUGGAUUUUAAUCUCAAAGUAUAAUACAAUCAGCAUGCUCAGUGCACAUUGCACAGCAGGAGGCACAUUUGACAUUUUGGCAGUAAGAAUCAUAGGCCUACAUCAGCAGCAGCACUGAAAUGUUUUUACUUUAUUUUAUUUUUACAAUAAUAUAUAUUUGAUCAUACAGAAAGCAUCACUCAAACAUGCAAAAAAUAAAAAAUAUUACAAUUUUUAAUUAUUUUUUCGAUUGCUCUUGGGGGCCCCCUACUGGCUGUGGGGCCCUAAGCAGAGGCUUAGUUUGCUUAUGCCUCACAGUGAGGGUCUGCAGCCAGAGGAGGAUAAAGAAGGUGGAGAGGGUCUGUAUUGAACUUUUGAAAAAGUAAUCUGAUUAUGUUAAAUCUGAAUGAUUGCAAAAAAGUAAUCUGAUACAUUUAAUCUGAUUGCUCCAGAAAAAGUAACUUAAUUAACUGCAAUGUGAGAACUUUGACUAUGUAAUCUGAUUCUAUACACAAUCUAAAUACUCACAUCAGAUCAGAAUAAUCUGAUUAGAUGUUGUUUGACUAUUUUGUCUGCUGGGACAUCUGUGCUGUCAUUUACUUUGCAGUUUACUCUCAGAGUUCAAAAUCUAUGUUUCCUUUUCUACGAGGAGAGAGUCAGAAUAUUUUAGCUCGCCCGACAAAGACAAGGCCAUCACACAGUAAAGCUCUAGACAGGACUCAAACCUUGAACCAACCCACUGUGACACUGAGUCAGCAGAUCUGAACAUCAAACCACAUCCCUGUCGUGUCUUGUUGUUGUUUAUUCUCUUUCCCUUGUGUGAUGGCGUUUUUUAAAGCUUGUUUCUGACAGCGAGGAGCAGGUCAAACCAUUCAAUCUUGAUAUUUUCGGAACAUAUUUUCCUUCUUUUUCUUCCCCUCUCUCUCUCUGUUCUUUUCCAGCAUCAGCCUCUUCCUGUAAUUUGUGGGCUAAACCUUUUUUUCCCAUUUUUCUCAGAUUCAUUAUUUGCUCUAUAAAUCCAGCUUUCUACUGGACUGAAGCACUUAUAGACCUGCUUACAUCCUGAGGUAGACAGAAGGUCUCCAUUGAUUAUUUUGUGCAUCACUCAGUUUAUAGACAGGAAGCCUCUCUCCUCCUCUUCCUCCCUAUCUCUCUCUCUCUCUCUCUCUCUCUCUCGCUCAGCACUCUCCUCUCUCACAGAGUCAUUGGGUCCAGCCUCUCCUCCCUCGCAUCACUGCUGCAGUGUCUCAGUGCCUCAGUCUUUGACCCUCAUCGGGGACCAUGCAGGCAUUUGUUCCCAGGUAAGUGUCAGACAGAUGAAGUCGUGCUGCUUUGCUCUAUUCCUAGUUCUUGUUUCUUCCUUUUUUUUCAACCUGACAAGUCUGUAGUUUGGCAAAGCUUCUGGUCCUGUUUGUGAUUUUAAUGUGGAGCAACUGUGCCCUGCUGAGAUGCUGUAGGCCCUGAAUGAACUAAUGUAAUGUGAGCUUGUUGCUCUGGGACUAAGAAAUGUGUUACUCUCUUGAUCUGCUCGAUUAGCCUCUUUAUGUACAUUGCUAAUUAUUAGCUGAAGGAUAUUAUUCCUUGUGACUGUUUUGGUUUAUUAAUUAUUAACCUUGUUAUAUUUUGUGGCUUAAGGAGAAGCGUUUUCCUGCAUGUGGGCGGCAAAUGUUGUUGCUUCCAAAGUGUGGGGGCAUAAAUCUAAACUUAAUAUCUCAUAAUUGUAAUUGUUGAAAUUAAUGCAUCAAUUUUCACGACAUCUGCAUCCCUCUCUUGUUUUCAGUUGAUUACUUUAGUGUGCCGUCUGCAGUUUCAGCUCAUAGAACUUUGCACAGUCAUGGGGUCCAUUUCCUCUGCUCCAAGCAUUAUAGAGAAGAGUGUGCGGCUAUCCAGCCAGCUAACUCUCAGAGAGGAUUCAGGGUGACUCUACAACAGAGAGAUCAAUACCAGUAAAAGCGUAGCAGAGGAGGGGGCCAGCUCUCUGGGUAAAACAUGAGCUUCUCCUCUGAUGCUUGCUCAGCUCUUUCAAUGUAAACCGCUGGUCUUAAUGUAGCGAUGUAGAAUCUCUGAACCUCUGCUUUAUUCAGCAGAACUACUUCAAAUUCAGAGGAUGAUGUUUAAAAAUGUAAAAGUACUGAACUUAGAAAAGUUAUUCUCUCAGCACAAAAUGGAAAACUUAGUAAACUUAAUAUAGAUGAAUUUUCUAACCCAUCUGGACAACUUUGCAAAUCUACAUUUAAAGCAUUAUUCGAAGAACUUUUAUCCCUUUGCUUUUAACCCAGCACAACUGUGGUCUCUGUUAUGUAGUUUACAGUAUUCUUAUGUGUUCACAGGGUUCCUACACAUUUCCAUACUUUUCCAUACCCUACUUUUUAGAAUUAUUUUAGGAAAUACCUACUUUUCUAUUUGUGAAGACAGUAUUUCAGAGCUGUGGUUAUAGUCUGGAAACAAAUAUUUUUAACAUAUUAUUUUUCAUUUUCCAUACUUUUUAAGACCUGGAAUUUGAUCAAAUUUAUUCCAUACUUUUCCAUACUAGCAUAGGAACCCUGCAAGCAAGAGAUUCAUGCAACAACCCAAACUGUGAAACCAAACUCUUUCACUCUCUAAUUUAACAUGCAAAAUUUGUCACCACUGUAUCUGACAAGCUGUCUUUUUCAUGUCAUUAAGGUGACAACAACCACUUAAUUGUAAGCAGGAACCCUGUAUUAAAAUGUUUCACAUAUACCACAUUUUUUCUGUCUUUAAAUUGGACUUAAAAGGACAAGCAAACCUUAACAUUUUCAUAAAAAAAGCUCUUAAAUUGAUUUUGUGGAUUAGAACAAAUAGGACACAUAGCUUUUCAACAAGUCUUGCAUAGAUGUAUUAAUUACAUUUUGCCAUCCACUGAGCCUGAAUUUUCCACUUAGGCUAAAAGGAAACUGACAGAAAGACUCUCACUAGCAUUUUUUGAAUAAACAAAGGGAUUGGUAUGACUAUUAAAGCUCCUGUGAGGAGUUUUUUAAAUCUAUGAAGUAGACUAAAAUUUACAUCUACUAUUUUUUAAAUGAUUAAAACUCAGUUCACCUCCUCUGUUAGUACCACACCUGCUGAAACUACAAUCACCAUAGAUUUGUAGUUGUUGUUCUUAGAGCAAAAAAGGCCCCUUAUUCAUAAGUUAUUGUUAAUUGACAAUAAAAUUGUCUAUUUGGGGUUCUUUCUUUUUGUCAAAGGGUCAUAAUAAAAACUAGAAAGAUUUAGAAAACUUAUGAAUCUAUGCUAAAUCAUAUUUUUCAGAGCAGUAACCAUAUACUACAGUAGUACAAAAUAUCCACCAUGUCAUUGGAUUUGGUUUUAUAUUUCUUUUAAGCAUUUUCUGUGACAAUGUCAUGUUGUAGACAAACUACUUACUUCAGGUGACUUCAAAUCUUUACAAUGACUUUUCUUCAUUAUGCAUCCGCCAUCGUCCCAGGUCAUAUCUGACCCCUGUGAGAGAUGAAGAGGCAGAGUCUCAAAGGAAAGCAAAAUCUCGCCAUGCCCGGCAGACCCGCAGGUCAACACAGGUAAAAACAAAAACAGAAAGACAAUCAGAAGUUCAGAUUUUAUUGGAUUGUGUGUUGAAAGCUUACGUGACUUGAAUAUCCCGCAGGGCGUCACUCUGACAGACCUGAAAGAGGCUCAGAAGACCUUCAGUCUGCCUCCUCAGGACAGGCAGGCAGCAGAAGGAGGGACUCUUGAUGAAAGAUCCUGUCUGAGGAAAAACUUUGCUGAAGACAGGAGAGUCAGAAUCGAUCUGGCAGAGUCAAUCGAGCAAACAGAGAUCAGUCGGAAGUGGAGCAAAGUGGAUGAGGUUAGCAGCAAACACUCGUGAAGAAAUCAGAUCAAAGCUGGUGAAGGAAUUUGUUUUCUGUUUAUCUGAGUUUGUAUUUAUCGUUUGCAUAUUUAGGAAGGAAACUUUGACACAAGACUAGAAACCCUCACUGAGUGCUCGGUUCCAAAUCUGUCAUAUCCCUCGACCGCUGAAUCCUGUGGCCUGACCUACUGCAACAGCUCCUACAGAGGUCAGUAUCCAUUAAAACCUUUUUAUGCUAAUGUUUGUGUGGUUAUCAUUCUUCAAAAUUGGCUCCACUGUCUCAUGUGUAUAGUCUAACUAACUUCACCGCUUUAUGAUCACAAAUCUUCCUCUCCUCCUGACCUAAUGACGCCCAAUCUGCUGUGUAAAUGUUAACACUUCCUUUUGCAACAGACUGUGCAGCACAUUUGAUGAAUGUAAGACAAUAGAGGAAAUACCAUUAUGCAUGUGAGAGCAUUAAAUUAACAAUAAAAGCAUGUACAGAUCAUAUCCAAUGUGUUUGCUAGAGGAAGUAAAUCACACCAAAUGUUUUCCUACUCAGGGACAUCACUUAUGUUUGGGGUCACUUGGGCUCCACAGGUAAGCUCUACCUGUGUUGGAUCUUAUAUAAAUGAUGUGGUACAGGGUCAGGCUGAAUAGAGACAUCAAUCGACACCAAUCACAAAUGCAUUUGUUUUGUAUUUCUGCUACAACCUCUCUUACAAAAUUAAGGAUUAAAAAUGGAGACUGAAACACACAAACACGACACAAUCUGUAAAAUGUAAAAAAAAAAAAAGAGAAAAUGCAACAAGAAAUAAAAAGGACUGAAGACCUCUGGCCAAUUUAGCUAAAACCUGUAACAACCUGGCUCAUCAAGUGGGAAGGGAAGCAACAUAAAAAACAGAUCUUUGAGUAUUAAGUGUUAUUUAUUGUAGAGAGGUGAAAUUGGAAAAUAAAAGAAAAGACUGAGGUGAGGAAAAGAGCAAGACAGUGCUGUUCAAAUCAACAAAUAAGGAACAUACAGUCUAUAAUAGGGGAGGGUGGGGUAAGUUGAGCCAAAGGGUAAGUUGAGCCACCCCCUGUUGCUUGGAAAUGGUAAAAGAAAUUGAUCAUGUGACCAAAUAUUUAGGAGAUGGGUAUCAAUUCACUUCUAACCUCGAGUCGACACAGAGACACUGCUCUUUCUAAAAAAAAAAAAACGGAAAUAAAACCCUGCGAACUCGGGUCCAACCCAACAAAAACUACAAAUGAACAACACCCCUAAUCUGGUGAGCUUGACAAGGAAAGAUCCUACGACUGAAAUGUAUAAAUUUCAGUUUUAAACCUGGAGAAAAUGAAUGAAAAUCUCCUGACCCGAGCGAAGGCAGUCCAGCUACUUCGUACUGAGCACUUCUCCCUGAUUGGCUAAGACUUCUGCGCUGCACCAAUCAGCUGUGUGCAUUAGAGGCUGUGACCUAGGGGACGCACCAAUCACGAGGCUGCGCUCACACAUUCCUGCCAUUCGCUUACAAAAAGAAAUUGAUAAAGGUCCACACAGGGGAAAGUGGUAUCGGCCAUAACAAACCCUCUAAACUAAAACUGAAAAUCAGCAUGAGAAGUAGUUUUCUCCAGCCCAAACUAAAGCAACCAAAUAGAAAAGCAAAACAAACUAUCUAAAGCAUGUUUGGAAAAGGACUCCAAGGGAGAGAUGCUCUUUCCUGCAUGGUGCUGAAGGUGGCACUACCUACCACUCUUUGAAGGGGGAGCAUUGUAACCUUUGUUUAAAAAUAAGAAGAUGAAGAGAGACAAGAAAUGCAGAGAGCAGGGUGAGGCAAAGGCUUGUGGACAGGAGUCAAAUCAGUGACUUCUACAGCAAGGACAUCAGCCUGAAUACAUAAGGUGCAUGCUGAUACCACCAGGCCUGCUCCCUCUCUUGAUCACCCCCUUCUAGCUGAACACUAAUAUGACUCAGAUGUGCAGCAGGCAGAAAGAGGAGGAAGGCAGAAAUGAGCUAUAAGUCACAACCAAAAAGCAGCAGCUGGAUUUUCAGAUUGAUCGUGAAAAUUAAGAUAUUGUCUCAUCAGCUUUCUACGUUUCUUGUCCGGUAGUAAUUACAAAAAACUAACAACAGCAUCAGUUUCAGCAGGUUCAUUUACAGCAGCACAGGGAACAGCUACAUCUGCACAUAUGUAGGUUAGCUUACGUUCUCAGCAGUUCAGCUUAAUUAAGUUUAAGCUUUAACAGCGAGGUCAAUUCAUAUAUUUCUGUUAACUAUUAAAGUUAACUGUCUUUAAGUUAAGCUAAAAAAAAGAUGUUUAUGGAAUUCAUACAAAGAACUAUUCACAACGUAGUGACAGGUUCAUAUUUACAUAUUUACAAGUAGAAAUUCUGUUUUCUCUGCAGCUGUUUGUGAGGGUGUGCAGAUUAUGCAUGAUGUGUUUUUUGAGGUUCAUUUACAUUUACUUUGAGUUCCUAGAUUCUGAUUGGUAAGUGCUGAGACAUGUGAUCAGGGUUGUCCAGGAUGUUAGGUUUUGUGGGGUUAUGUCUGAGUUCAUGAGAAGAUGGCUGAACAGUAAAAGUGCUGGUAAGAAAGUUAUCCGUCUCCAUCCUGCUGUUUCUUAUCAUUAGAAUUAUCCAACCACCUUACAUCGAACCUUCACGUUACAUAAGUAUCUUGAAGGGAAGUAAAAACCACAGCUGCACACAGACUCUUCUGCUUGUUAAAUAGUCUGUGUCCUAUUGCUGCAACAGUCUAAACUUGACAAUCACUUGUACACUACAUAUAACCUUGUUUUAAAUGAAUAAAACAAUACUAUAACUGUUGGGUGUUGUGUUAUAUGUUGUUUGUGAUGUUCAAAUGUACAUUUACAGACUCUGGGGUGACUCUAGUACAUUUUUAGUGAUAAACCUCCCUAGAUCAGGUUUAGUAAAAGUAAGAAAAGUGUCUUGUACCAGAAGGGAAUAAUGAGAGUUUAAAGGUGUAAGACAGAGGGCUCUGUGUCUGAUUUACUGUCCUGUCUUUAAUCAUUUUUAUGAGUGAUCAGAUCGAUUUUAACCUCCUUUGAUAUGCAGUUGGUGAGAGAUGGCGCAGAGACGAAAAUCAGAAUCCUAUUGAGGAAACAGCUGAGCUGACCUUUACCACCAAACAGAGACGACGCUGCUGUGCUGUUGACGGUCCAGACUCCAACACUUCAGAGGUAAGUGAAAGCAUCUGUAAUCAUCUCAACAAAGAUGAUGCUUGAUGAUGUUAUUUUCCUUUAUUACCACUAGAUGGAGCCAAAAGAUGCAGAUUUAACAUUUUUUAUACCUGGUUUCACCAAUAUUUACAGUUUACAUGAUUCAAAGUACUGAUUAGUACAAUUAGAUCGAGAGAAUAGUUUUAUACUUUUAGGAAGGUAAAUAACAUCCUCGCACAGUUUUUAUAAUAACAUAAGAAGUUAAAAAAAUGCCAUAUUUAUGACAAAAUCAUUCACAUAAAAGAUCUUUUACUGCUGGGAAUCCUCUGCCACCAUCAUUGCACCGUUCGGUAUUCAUUAGCAUCAUUGCUUCAUGUUCACAUCCUCCCCUCCUCGCCUAAAACCUUCAUAAUGCUUCAAAGGCAGCUGACUUCAGAUCUCUGAUGCAACAUUUCAAGAUGCUCAGCAAUCGUGGACGCAAAGCAUGUGUUCAGAUAUUCUUGAAAGUAGAAGUGCUGCUUAAUGUCUCGCAGAAAGACAGUCUGACCCCCUCCUUUUCUCCCUCUAAGUCGCUUUGCUUCUUCACAUCACAUGGCCGAGGUGUCUCAGCAUUCCAUACCUUAUUGGGCAAAAGUGAGACGCUCUCCGCUUGGUCUUAGCCUUGGAUUCGAGGGGAUUGACUUUCUUAUUCUCCUUCAUUCUCCACCUGUGUGCUGCAUGUGAAAAACCCUGACCCUGAUCCGCAUUGCUAAUUCCUCUUAGAGGGUACAACCUGGCAAUACAGACAGAGGAUAUUCUAUUUGUUUGUCUUUUUAAAAAAAGAGAUAAAAAUAGACAACACAGGGAGCAGGAAGCAGAGGUGACACCGGGAUGAUAAGGCAGCCGGGGGUGACUUUUACAAGAUUAUACCGUUCAGUAUGAAAGGAAAUUGGUUUCCCUGCAAGCCGACUCAAGGCCAUUGGUUCAGCUGUCCCCGGUGGUGGAAUCUGACACAGAGAUCUGUUAGUAACAUGAGAGUCUCUCAGCGUUACAGAGAGGACUAUAUCUGUCUGUGAUAAUCAUACCAAGCAGCCAGGUUUCAUCAGAAGCAUGACAGGCGGCCCAUCACUGCAGCCGACCUCUGCAUGACUCCAUGAUGAUCGGAGCAGAUUUUCCACGUUGAUUCUGAGCCAUGCAGGGAGAGACAGACAGGUGUAGACCAAGUCAGCUGCUACUUUUGAGAUGAAACUGAGAGAAUAGGACCAUUUUUUUAAAACUGCAUUGCUACUUUAUCCUGAAUAUGAUAUAUGAAAUGCAUAUGAGCCACACUUCAUGCAAAAUUCCUGUGAUUAAAGGAGUGAAGAUAAGACAGGGGAACUCCAGCGUGGAUCAACUCUCAAUAAAACUAAGUUUUAGCAUAUUUCACUGGCUGUGGCUCUUAUUAUCUGCAGAUUGUCUCUGUAGAACAAACUUAUUACAAAGCUGCUGGAUGUCUAAGAUGGUGAUUCUUAACAGUUUCAGAUUAUGGACCUUUCUUCAAGGUUCCUACACAGCUGGAAUUUCCAUACUUUUCUAAAACCUACUUUUCUAUUUUAGAAAAGAGUAUUUUAUAACUGUGGUAUUUAUUUUCAUUUUCCAUACUUUAUAAGACCUGGAAAUGGAUCAUAUUACUUCCAUACUUUCCCAUACUUUCCAUACUUGCGUAGGAACCCUGUUUUGGGUCAUAUCUUGAACUAAAAUCCCAAACUGUGUGCCACUGAUACAAAACAGAAUAUUCAAGAAACCAAAGCAUGGACAUAAUCCUUUGAGGACAAACCGCAUCACAGUUUGGAUGUUUCAUUGAAAGCCGCAUCAGCUCAUCCAAGUCUUUCAUUGCAUCAUAAAGUUUUGUUUCUUCCUGUUUGAUUCUUUUUCAUAUUUUCUCAAUCUCUCCUCAGAGUUUCCGUUAGAUUCCUCUCACCCUUAUCUUUCUUUUAUCUGUUUUGAGCUCAGAGCAAGGAUGAGGGAGUUUGGAAACAGCAAAGCGCUGCAAACCUCUCUAUAAAAGGAAGACGGCUGAGCUGGUUUGUGUGGGCCAUGAGCAGAAAGUAAGAGGGGCUGCAGAGUUUGUUUUAAAGGAGAAUUACAAUAUUCUUGGCAUUGGAAGUACUUCAUCUGUGCACCAAGGGUGAACAUAGCAAGAAACAGUCAGUCCAUGUAUGCUGGUUAUAUUUUUUGUUUAAAGCUCCUGUGAGAAACUCUUGGUUCGUGUUGUUUUUGGUGCCCCUUGUGGACAAAACUGUUGGUUUAAUCUCUUUGUUGAUUUUGUGAAGAAGAGUUUUUUUUAAGUCUCACCAUGCAGAUUUUUACUCUACUCAUUGACUCAGUAACACAUCACUGUAAUCCACUCCUAUUUACAGUAACCAGAAGUGUAUCAAGUUACUUUGUAAUCCAAUAAUCCUGAUUGAAUCGCAGAAAUUUAGGGACAAAAUUCCUUACAGGAGCUUUAACACCAAAUAGCUGAUGACUAAAUUACAUUCAUCAUUUGAUUUGUGAGGUGAAGUACUAUCCAGGGAGGAAGAAUACACACAAUUACUGUCAGUCAUUCAGGUGUGAGCUUUCUGCUUUAAAAUAGCAGCACUAUUUGUCCGUGUUUGAGGUAAUUAGAAAUGUGUGGGGAGUUAUGAUUUAUGUGCAGAAUGUAAAACUGAAAAAUUAAAUCUCACCUAAACAAACAAGACACCUCUACAGAAAGCCAGCUCACCCAGUGACCUGGGUUCAGCUCAUGUUAGCUUAGCAGACCGAGGAAGAGCCACUCUACUGAAACGGUCAAGCUCCAUAAAAGUAUCCCUGAAAAUUCCUCACAGGAGCUUUAAAGUAAAUACUUCUCAGAGCUUUUUGUUUUAAUUAAAGGUAUUAAUCUACCCAACAGCAGUCAGGUUUUGCCUAUUGAAUAAUACCCACAUAUCCUAAAAAAAUUCCAAAUUACUUCUUUGCAGUGACCAGUUAACAUGGACGAAAAAGUCUAGAUGAUGAAACGUCCAAUAGAAGUGUAGAUUUAAAAGGAAAAAAUACCAAUGUAGAUGCAAAUGGUAAGAAAAAAAAAAGAAAUAUUUAGUCUGACAAACAGCCAAGUACAGGGUUCCUACACAGUUGGAAUUUGCAUACUUUUCCAUACCCUACUUUUUUGUAUUAGUUUUGGAAAUACCUACUUUUCUAUUUCAGAAUAGUAUUUUAGAGUAUUUUAUAACUGUGAUAAUAUAGUCUGUUAACAUAAAUAUUUGUCCAUACUAUAUUUUCAUUUUUGCAUACUUUUUAAGACCUGGAAAUUGAUCAAAUUCCUUCUAUACUUUUCCAUACUUUCCAUCCUAGCAUAGGAACCCUGCAAGUAAGAGAUUCAUGCAACAACCCAAACUGUGAAAUCGAACUCUUUUACUCUCUAAUUUAACAUGCAAACUUUGUUACCACUGUACAAUCACUUCAUUGUGCUCCAGAAGAAAGUAAAUAAGCACAGUCCUCAAAAUCGUGUCUGUAAUGAGGUGGUGACUUGAUAAAAAGAUGUAUCUCUCAGAUUUUUGCAAACCUCAUUAAAGCUGUGUGAUGAGCCACGGGGCUAAAACAUGAAAUAGAUUCAACAUAAUUUGGUUCAGGGGGAACCUGGCACAAGUACUCUGUGUUAACACUCACUCUAACUGCACCCCUCUCCAUCACACUGCAGGGCGCGCACAGUUACUUGACACCUCUCGGUUGUUGAUGGCUCCUCAGGUAAUACGGCGUGUUGACCUUUCACAACACAAACCGCUGCAGCUCUUCCUCUCCUCUGUGGCUUUGUGCUCCACCUCCCCUUAUCCCCGUCCACAUCAGUGGACAAUUUUAGCCCUCGGUGCCGAGUGCUGCCAUAGCAGAGCCUCUGGCAGGCUGCCAGCGCUGAAGACAGGAGGGAGAGGAGAGGCAGAGGAGAGGGUACAGGGGGGAGGGGGACUGGAAGGGCGACCAAGCAGUGAAAGGAGAGAGAGAGAGAGUGCGAUGGAGAGAGAGUGUGUAUAA